AUGUGUUGGCAGUUAGAACUUGCUUGCUUCAAAUUUGAUAUUAUAUAUCACCCUGGAAAUAAAAAUGAAACUGCAGAUACUUUAUCAAGAAUAAAUGCAGCUAUAAAACCACAAAUAGAUCUAAAAGCACUACAUGAUGAACUUUGUCAUCCCGGAAUAACUCGAAUAUAUCACUGCAUAAGAUCUAAAAAUUUGCCUUUUUCAGUAGAAGAAAUUAGAACUGUUAAUUCAUGUGUAUGCUGCAGUGAAGUAAAAUCUCGCUUCUAUAAAUCUGAAGGACACUUGAUCAAAGCAACUGCACCUUUUGAAAGACUAACUAUGGAUGUCAAAGGUCCUUUGCCUACGGCUUCGAGGAACCGUUUCCUUCUUACUAUUGUGGACGAGUUUUCAAGAUUCCCUUUUGCAAUAACUUGCCCUGAUAUGUCAUCUAUUGUUAUUGCUCAUCUGCAAAAUAUUUUCUCAAUUUUGGGGAUGCCAGCCUACGUACAUUCUGAUAGAGGAUCUUCAUUUAUGUCUCGUGAAUUAAAAUGCUUCUUGACUUCACUUACCAAGUGA